GUCUAGCCAGGCUCCCGGUGCUGCGGGGGCCAGCACUGUCGCCCGCUGUACUCACGCUGGGCAAGAAACGCCCCCUCUGGUCUGCUCGACCCUGCCAUGGACCACCAGGAGCCCUACUCGGUGCAGGCCACCGCGGCCAUCGCGGCGGUCAUCACCUUCCUCAUUCUCUUCACCAUCUUCGGCAACGCGCUGGUCAUCUUGGCGGUGUUGACAAGCCGCUCGCUGCGCGCCCCGCAGAACCUGUUCCUGGUGUCGUUGGCCGCCGCCGACAUCCUGGUGGCCGCGCUCAUCAUCCCUUUCUCGUUGGCCAACGAACUCCUGGGCUACUGGUAUUUCCGGCGAACGUGGUGCGAGGUGUACCUAGCGCUCGACGUGCUCUUCUGUACUUCGUCCAUCGUGCACUUGUGUGCCAUCAGCCUGGACCGCUACUGGGCUGUGAGCCGCGCUCUGGAGUACAACUCCAAACGUACCCCGCGCCGCAUCAAGUGCAUCAUCCUCACCGUGUGGCUCAUCGCAGCUGUCAUCUCGCUGCCGCCUCUCGUCUACAAGGGCGACCCAGGCCCCCAGCCCCGCGGGCGCCCGCAGUGCAAGCUCAAUCAAGAAGCCUGGUACAUCCUGGCAUCGAGCAUCGGGUCCUUCUUCGCACCCUGCCUCAUCAUGAUCCUCGUCUACCUGCGCAUCUACCUGAUCGCUAAACGUAGCCACCGCAGAGGUUCCAGGGCCAAGGGGGAUCCUGGGGAGGGUAAAUCUAAGCAGGCCCACCUGGCCCCUGGGGGGACCUCGGUCAAACAGCCAAACCUGGCCUCUUGUUUGGCUGCUUCCGGAGAGGCCAAUGGACACUCUAAGUCCACUGGGGAGAAGGAGCAGGGGAGGACCCCUGAAGAUCCUGGGAGCCCCACCUUGCCAACCAGCUGGCCUGCCCUUCCCCAGACAUGCCAAGAUCCGAACGAAAGAGCUUGUGGGGUGUCUGCAGAAGAGGAGGUUGGGGAGGAGGAGGAGGAGGAGGAUGACGAUGAUGAGUGUGAGCCUCAGGCCUUGCCAGCAUCUCCUGCCUCAGCUUGCAACCCAGCCCUGCAGCAGCCACAGGGCUCCCAGGUGCUGGCCACCCUGCGUGGCCAGGUGCUCCUGGGCAGGGGUAUGGGUGCUUCGGGUGCGCAGUGGUGGCGUCGGCGGGCUCAGCUGACGCGGGAGAAGAGGUUCACCUUUGUGCUGGCCGUGGUCAUAGGCGUCUUUGUGCUCUGCUGGUUCCCCUUUUUCUUCAGCUACAGCCUGGGUGCCAUCUGCCCACAGCACUGCAAGGUGCCCCAUGGCCUUUUCCAGUUCUUCUUCUGGAUCGGCUACUGCAACAGCUCUCUGAAUCCUGUCAUCUACACUGUCUUCAACCAGGACUUCCGCCGUGCCUUCCGAAGGAUCCUUUGUCGCCAGUGGACCCAGACGGCCUGUAAAGAGCAGGAAGCCAGCCUUCCACUCUUCCCAAGAGGGCCUGCUGUUGAGGAGGAGGCAGAGAUGAUGACAGCCAUGUAUCCACACUGAGUGCCCGUGGACCCCAUCAGGCGCUGGGUGGGGGGGUUAUGGGCUGGCACUGUCUCUGGGCCCUUCUUCC